AUGUGCGAGAUGCAAAACUUGCUUGAUACCACUGAGCAUUCCAUCAGCGAUGGCUUGUGGCCAAUUUACGACCAAUGCAUCAUGAUUGCACUAGCACAGUUCGCCUGCGCGCCUCUGAUCUUCGUUGUUUCUCGCAGAGGCAACGACCAUGCUGCUGGAGUGAUCCUCGUUCUAAUGCUGGUCUGCUCCACUGGCUUCCAGUAUUGGCUGGCAGGUAAGCUGGUUUUCUGGUUGAAGCGACAACCCAGGGGCAAGUGGCAGCACUCUAUCGACGCUCUGUCUCACUUGAACGGUCGCUGCGGGAUGCGUUGCGCUACAUCGGGUGGACUGGCAUGUAUGUUGGGCACAUUGGAAGCAGUUGAUCCAGCUCUCGACGCUUGGGCGGCUGCGAAUGCCUAUAGCCUUUACACAGGGCCAGUUAAAGAAAAGUUCACGGCCGCCUGGGAGGACGCGCCUCCAGCAGGCUGGCUCGUUGCUCGAUUGGGUUUGCUCGGUAUUCUCUUCUCGAUACUUCUGGGCUCGAUGCUGUGCCAGCUGAUUGCUUUGCGUUGGCUCGUCCAGCGACACGCAGGACGAUUCGACAGAUUCGAAGAAGAGGACGAUGAGGACGCAGCUUUUGCAAUGUGGUACAAUUGGAAGCACACUACAGACAUUGGUGGCUUGCUUAUACUACAUGACGUCUUUGAUAAGCUGCUCCAUGCAGAACUAGAGCAUGACGUGGAAGAGAAGUUAUAUCCCGUCGUGGACAGGUUUCAUAGUUUUUUGCCCAAGGUGGUCGCAGAAGCACUGCCGAGCUUUUGGUUUCAGAUUUCCAUCUUCGCAUUGACAUAUGACUCGUGUCCUUUCAACAAGUAUGUGGUCAACAUCGCGUCCAUCACCAGCAGCAUUGCUUGCGUCUCGAACCUCCUGCGUCUGCAGAUGACGACCUUAUGUCAGACGUGGCACUACACCUCGAAGAGACCCAGCGCAAGUGCUGGUGGGUUCUUGUAUUGGCUGAAUCUCCCGGUUGCACUUCUUGCGCUGUGCUGUUUCAUUGCUUGCCUGGCACGCUUCGCAGGUGUGUGGAUUUGUCCCAGCCACAUACUGGUGCUUUCUCAUGGAUGCUUCUGA